CAGUCAUCGUCUCGUCGUCGGCGCGAUCGGUCGUCUCUCUGAACUAGCUCUGGAAGAAGGGGUCAAGUGAAGUGUGAAUAGUGCUGUGUGAACAAGGAUCAAGAUAAGGAUACUGCCUGGUUGAUUGGUGGCAGAGAAGAAGGAUUCUAUUAGUCGUGAACUGUUAACUUGGUGAUCAACGAUCUUUCCAUGGAGAGGUGUGACUUCAGUGAUUCUUGAGUGAUUAGAAACAAGAUCCAGCCCGUCAAGGUGCUAAGUGGAACCUCCAAAGUCAUGGAGGCUAAAUUGUGGAUAGUGGUUGUUGCAUUUGCAGUCUGCAUCAAGUGCGGCGAUGGGUUCGAUAUAUUUCCACCAAAGAGCGAAAUCGUAUAUCGAUUGGAGGCUGAUGUCACGCUGGUUCCGGAUCUGCAUUCUCAGUCCAACUACGUCUGGACGAUGAUCGGAUGGUUGCACGUGCAGCGGUAUGAUCCUAAAAACCUAGCCGUUAAGAUCGCCUUGGACGAUUACCAUUUUCCGGACCAGAGCAACGUGACUGCCCUGCUGGAGCCCUUCCGGGUAGCAUUGGCCAACGAUAGUUCCGUCCUAAGUGUCCUUUUCAAAGAAAACGAACCCAUCUGGUCCGGUAACAUUAAACGUGCGAUGGCGUCGCUUCUUCAGGUUUACGGUGACAGCCCCGGGGCUUACGUAGUGGACGAACAAGGCAUUUUCGGGAACUGUCCGACCGAGUACUUCGUGGUUAACAAAUCCAAUGUGUUUGAAAUUUCCAAGACUUACGACAUGGGUGGCUGCAAUAUUUAUCCGGGCGCGAUCUAUCUGACGAGGAGCAAUAUUCCGUUGAACAUUUGUACUCCCGACAAGCAGAACCAAGCCAUCACUUCCAGGAUAGCAAACUACAAGCUGAGGAAGGUGGAACCGUAUCGUUACAUUCUACUGGAAAUGGACGGAACAAUGCGAACCAACGUACGAACGUUCGAGUCGUAUUAUCCGCAAUUCUUGUACACCAAGAUUCAACUGAAGUAUGAAACGCACAAUUCCAUCGACGGACCGGAUCAGGUGUUCAACGUUGUUCAGGGAAUGUCACUACUAUUCAGUCCAAUGUUGUUUGUUAGUCCAGAUGAAGAGGCUACCGGAGGAAGGAGUCCCAAAUCGAAGGACAGCUUGGUGAAAAAGACGGCGGAUCUGCUGAACACUUUGGCGGAUAACUUGGAAUCGGUGGAUUUAAAGCUCAAAGAACCAUACGAUGAAACUGUGUCGGAGAUCAUCCGGUUGAUGGGAACGAUGGAUCUAGAAACGUUGAAGUUGCUGUUCGAAUCGAUUGAUCUAGGAACGUCUUAUCGCCAGGAGACGGCAAGAAACAUUUUACUGGAAAUAAUUCCUCGUACUGGAACUUCGCCAACGAUACUGCUCACGCGAGACUUGAUCAUUAACCAGCAGGUCAACCCGGCUACGGCAGUGCAGCUGUUGAUUUCUUUGCCAUUCUACAUGUCCGAACCGUCGUACGAAGUGGUCAAGGAGUGUGAGGUUUUCUUGAGCUUUGGAACAGACCGUCCGGAUAUCAAACAUGCAGCGGUUUUGAGUUACGCAACUAUGAUUUACAACACGUUCAUAGCUGGCAAAAUGACCGCUGACAAUUUCGAGAAGUACGUCAAGAUCUACUUCGAUAUGUUUUUGAACAGUUUUGAAUACGAACAACAGAUGCUCUACUUGGAAGCACUGGGAAAUCUGCAGCUGGAAAACGUAGCCGAAUACUUGGACCCGAUCAUCAAGGCAGACUAUCCUCAGAACACCGACAUCCGCUUCCUGGCCAUGUGGGCAACAAUGCCUACGGCUCAUCUUAGGCCGAACCAGGUCUAUGAAACCUACUGGCCCAUCUUCCACUCGACAUCCAGUCCUUUGCAGUUGCGGGUGGCUGCCUUUACGAUGCUGCUGGUAUCUAAUCCGACUCCCGGCCGGCUGCUGGGCCUGUACAGUGUGAUCAAGAACGAAAACGAUCCGCACAUGAUCAAUUUCUACCGGACGACGGUGCUCAGUAUAUCGGAAACGACCUAUCCGUGCUAUCAGCAUUUGAAGCAACUCCUUGCCUACAUGACCCGACAGCUUCCCAAGACACCGCCAUCCAAGUAUUGGGUUACAGGAAACUAUCUGUUCGACUAUAGGGAUCGCAAGUUCCACAUCGGAUCGAUGCUACAAGCCUUGCUAAUCGGUAGCCACCGAACCGAUCUACCCAUGAUGGCUUACAUCAAAUUCGACACCGAAGCUUUGGGACGGUUCACCGGCCAGCUAGGGCUCUACAUCAAAGCCCGUGGUCUAACGGAUGCCGUUAUUCAUCGAUUGACCAAACUCAACUCCAGCUAUCUGAAGCUCGAUCGGUUGUCCAACAUUCUGAAAUCGAUGAAAAUGCCCACCUCGAAUCCAACUCCGUUGCACUUUGAGUUCAUCGUCCAGUUUGAAGGGAAGGCUGUGCUGUCGUACCAUCUCAAUCAAACCACCUUCCACAAUUUAACCGAUGGAGACCUGAUCAACCGAAUCAACUUCCUGCUCCGGGACAGCCACAUCAACAUGCAAAUCGUUCGGCGGCCCUUCAUGAUCAAGUACGCCCUACCGACGCUCAUCGGAACUCCGGCGGACAUCCUGAUCGAAAACACGGUCCUGGCAACGAUCCGAGGAAACACCACCCAGCAGAUGAUGAUGGACAAGGUGGCUCGUAGCAAUCAGGUGGAUCUCCGGUACUCAUCGUACGCCGUAGUCAAAAUUCGAAGCUACAAUCCGAUUGAGGACAUCGAGUACUCGACAAUUCGCGAGCAGGGCUUCCUGGUGUACAUACCGAUCAACAAUGAAAUCGUGUGGGACAUUGCCAGCAAGUCGAUUAGCUACGCUUUCUAUCGACCGGAUGGUUUAACCAGUGGAAUAUCGCUGAAGAGUAGAACGAGAAACAUUCCGACGGAUUCUCUGGUGUUGCGAGAUCGACUUGAACCUAAGGAAGAGGAAAUCGCCGGUUUUGGAUACACAUUCGAGGACUUGGGUAUUCAGUUCAUGGCCAGAGCUCACGAGGAUUAUACGAAAGACAACGUCAUGUUUAUGUUGGAGACGGAUGUGCUAGACAACGCCAAGGUCCUUUCUGGUGCACCGUUUUCCUUGGUCAACCACGUUCUCAGAGUUAUCAACCUAAUUCAGCUGAAUACGAUACACAUCGGUCGCGAUAAGCAUUUGACCCUCCUCGUGUCCAACAAGCAGAAAACUCGUCUCCAAGGAACGUUCAAAUGGGACGAAGAGAACUACUCAAAGCAGCCGAACGUUCCGGAAAACGAAGUGUUCCGAGUCAAUCUGAUUCUGGCCCAUACCAUCCCAAAGCCGGAAGGCGAAGGCAGUCGCGACGAGGUCAAAGUGCUGCACAAAUGGGAACUCACCUCGCAGUACACCGACUACAAGAGCAACAACGCGGCCAAGUUCUUCUUCUCGCUUACCCGGCAAGAGUGGAACAGUUCCAACUGGAAGCUAUGUUUGAUGGCCGACUACGAGCCGUUGGUUUUCCUGAAAAGACCGUUCAGCCUGAUCGGUCACGUGGCCUUCAACGAGACUCGGGUCCCAAAGCGAUGCCCGGAGGUGCCACGGAUUACGUUCAACAUAUCGUACCACCUGCCGAAGUACGUGCAGGAUGUGUACAACAUCAUGGACACCGGAGACGAGAACUGCCCAAAGGAGAUUCUUCGACUGACACCGCCACCGUUUUCCGGAAAUUGUAGUGCCACGACGUUCGCUCCGCUGACGACAGUUUCCGGGUUGGAUGCCAGUUUCAAAUUUGAACAACUCCCCUCGUGGAUAGUGGACUUACUGCACAGAUUGGACCACCUGGCCUCGGCAGUGGUGCCCAGGCGCGUCCAAACGCUGAACAUCACGGACCAUUUGGACGUGAACGUGAAAACCGCUCGGUGGAGCAGUGAUACGGAUAUCACGAUCAACGGGGGCACCAUUUGGAUUCCGACGCGGUACAACUAUAACGCAAAGCUGUACCACCCCAGGAAGAGUAGCAUCAAUUAUGGUUUUACGAGUAUGUGCAGUCUGGUCAACAACAAGCUGACCACCUUCCACGACCGAAUCCUACAACUGACGCCGGAGCUCAAGCAGGACUACCGGCUGAACGAUACCUUCCUGCUGGCGGCCGACUGUUCCGACGCGCCGAAAAUCGCCGUCUUCAUGCUGGACAACGGCAAAGGCAUCCAGAUCUACACCGGCGGCAAUUACAUCGUGUACGAAACGACCGGCCAGCAGGAGUCGGAACCGAUCCUGAACAUCAACGACGAGCAGCUGAUCAACCUGAAGAACGUGAUCUACCAGUUCCCGCCGGACGAGGAGAUCUACGACUUCCGGGUGUACCUGAACGACGAGGACAUUCUGGUGGUGGAGAACAAGCUGAACGGAGCGGUGGUGCAGUACAACCGGAAGUCGAUUGCCAGCAUUCUGCUGCCGACGGUGCACAAGGGCCGGAUGUGCGGCCUGUGCAGCAGUCGGGCCCAUUGAUAUACCUAUUAUAUUAUAUUGGAACACUGUAUUUAUUCGAACAA